GGAGGAGAGGGAGGAGGAGGAGGGAGGUGGCGGCGCCGUGGCGGAGGAGCAGGAGCAGGAGGGGGAUGGAGAGGAGAAGGCUCCUGGGUGGCAUGGCGCUCCUGCUCCUCCAGGCGCUGCCCAGCCCCCUGUCAGCCAGGGCUGAACCCCCGCAGUUGCUGGACUGACGUUUGAGGGACCAUCAGGACCAGGUGGAGCAAUGACCAGCUCUCCAGGGCCUAGGCUGGGUGUCCCCAUCCCGUGUCUGGCUGACCAUGCCCGCCCUCAAGAUUCCUUGAUUGCGAAAUGAGAAACUCGGGGGCCCUCAACCCUAGUCUCCUUUAGCCUCCACUGGCCAGAUGACAAGCACUUCACCAGGAUAAGGAAACCUGCGUGGGUACCAACAAUCAAAGCUACAUCUGUGACACAGGACACUGCUGUGGACAGUCUCAGUGCUGCAACUACUACUAUGAACUCUGGUCAUGACAAACGCGCCCCACCAUGAGGUCACAGCUUUCAAAGGGUUCUGGCUCGUGUGGACCAUCAUCAUCAUCCUGAGCUGCUGCUGCGUGUGCCACCACCGCCGAGCCAAGCACCGCCUUCAGGCCCAACAGCGGCAACAUGAAAUCAACCUGAUCGCCUACCGGGAAGCCCACAAUUACUCAGCGCUGCCAUUUUAUUUCAGGUUUUUGCCAAACUAUUUACUACCUCCUUAUGAGGAAGUGGUGAACCGACCUCCAACUCCUCCCCCACCAUACAGUGCCUUCCAGCUCCAGCAGCAGCUGCCUGCGCAGUGUGGCCCUACAGGCGGCAGCCCCCCGGGCGCCGACCCCACCAGGGGCUCCCAGGGGGCUCAGAGCAGCCCCUUGUCCGGGCCCAGCAGAAGCAGCACGCGACCCCCGAGCAUCGCUGACCCUGAGCCCUCCGACGUGCCAGCAGACCCAGCAGCCACCAAAGCCCCCGGGAUGGAGACCAGCGGCUCUGUGGCCGGCCUGGGGGAGGUGGACCCUGGGGCCUUCCUGGACAAGGAUUCCGAAUGUAAGGAGGAGCUGCUGAAAGAGUACAGCUCCGAGCAGGGCGGCGCCCUCCCUGACAGCAAAGACAAGACGCCCGGCAGACAUCGCCGCUUCACAGGUGACUCGGGCAUCGAGGUGUGUGUGUGCAACCGGGGCCACCACGAUGACGACCUCAAAGAGUUCAACGCGCUCAUCGACGAUGCUCUGGACGGGCCCCUGGACUUCUGCGACAGCUGCCACGUGCGGCCCCCUGGCGACGAGGAGGAAGGGCUCUGCCAGCCCUCCGAGGAGCAGGCCCGGGAGCCAGGGCACCCUCACCUGCCGCGGCUGCCUGCCUGCCUGCUGCUGAACACCAUCAACGAGCAGGACUCCCCAAACUCCCAGAGCAGCAGCUCCCCCAGCUAGAGCAGGCCCUGCCUGCGCCCGAGAACUUGGCGACACAACCAGGGUAGGGGAGAACCAUGAGAGAAGCAUUAAGUGACUGUGUUCCUUUUUUUUUUUUUUUUUUCCCCUCUGCUCCUGCGUUUUCCUGCAUCUCCAGGUACAGUUUGGGGUGUGGGUGCCUCGCCCCCCCAUAGAUACACAGUGUCACGGAGGGCCGAGAAGUUGUCCCGUGACUCAUUCCUCAUACCCCACCCCGUUGUUCCCCUUUACCUCUUUUCAAGUCACGUGUCACUACCUGCUUGGGUCAGAGAGAUGCGCGUUUCAGAAGCCCCCAAGGAGGGGAUGAGACUGUGCCUUGAGGUGACUCUUGGUGAUGGAGUGGAUUCAUGUUCUGGUGUGAGUUGAUGAGAACCUCGCCGCGUCUCAGUCUCAGAGAGGUGGCAGGUCUCAGCCCUGGGUGAAGCCCCAGUGGUCCGGGGAUUGUCGCCCCUCACUGCCAGUGUCUCCGGAGCCGGAAUUGGGCUCCUCCUGUGGGAGGAUGAGAGCUGACCGGCGGUCGCGUGGCGGGUUGGUAAAGGGCUUGUGCUCUCAAAUUCCAGGUGACGAGAUCGAGGUGGCACGAUGCAUCCUGGAGGGGCCCCUUCCCAGCAGGUUCUGGCUGGCCGCGGACUGGUUCAAGUGUGGAAGAUUACACCUGCCUUCUCUUUGGUUUUUUUCUUUUAAAAAAAACCAACAACAACAGAAGUGAGCUGAAAAUAAGAACUUGACCAGUAGGCAGGCAAGAAUUCUGUUUUGGAAAAGGAAAAUUUGUGGCUUUUUCCCAACUUGGCCUUCAAAGAGUCCUGGCUACAGUUGAGCCAGAAGGAGAUGUUUCGUGUGCAGGCUUGGGUGGGAGCUGUCUCUGGAACUUCUGCGGGUGAGCAGGAGGCCCUGCGCUGUGGCAGCGGAUAGAGGUGCAGCUUUCCGCAUCUCUGCCGUUUGAUCUGUGCCCACAGGUGAUCAGUACCCUCCCCCGUCCCAAGCACACGUCUGCCGGCCUUCACGUCUCACUGUUCUCUGUGAACAAAUGAGGAGGCUGUGGGACCUGAGAAAGGGCGGUCCCGCAGCCUGACUCUCUCACACAGUAUUUUCUCUAGAUUCUGAGUAAGCUGUUUUGUUUAUUUGUUUGUUUUUCCAAACUGACCAUUUGGAAAAAAUGCCUUGGUUAUCUGUGGUUUUUGUGCCCUUUCCCUGCUCUGCCCCGCCUUGAGUGGGGUAACUAAUUUUUGUAGCCUAUGUCAAGUGUCUAAGUGGCCCAGGUAGGAGGGUGAAGGCAGCCAUCCUGAAGGACCACAGGAUCCUUAUUAUUGUAGUUUGGCUUCAAAAACCAGUUGAGCUUUGAUAGGAAUAAUCUGAAUGGAGAAAGCAAACUGCUGAAACUAACAUUCCCUGUCCAGCCCUGUUCAUAUGAAGAGUUUGGUUCUUCCCCCACUCUUGAACAAUGACAUUCAGACUAGGCAUUGAUGUUAUGGUAAGAAAGGAAGGUAUAUAUAUGUAUAUAUAUAUGAAUACACACGUAUAUAUGUGUAUGUGUGUAUAUAUGUAUAUACACACACACACACACAAAAUAGACAAAUCCAAGGCUGUGAGGUGAACGAGUGUCUGAGUUUGGAGUCCACAAAACCAAAAUCCAUGUUGAACAAAGUGCAGUCCGUAUACAGUGACUUUUUGGAUAACCUGUGUGUGUCUGUCCGUUGUGUGUGAGCCCCCAGCCCUGUUUUCCUGUGAAUACGCUUUGAACGGCAGCCACUCUGCUCACGUUACCCACACGUUUGGAGCAGGCGCGGCCCUCUCAAGGUAAUUUAUUUUACGCAUUUACUGUUUACUGAGCAAAUGUCUGACUGUGCACUUGGGUGAACUCAGCAGCGCUGUCGGCGGCAGUCCCCACGUUUGCCAGAGAUACUGUGCUCCAAAUAGAGGUUUUACUCUACCCAUCACUGCAAUUUGCACAUUGCUCCGUGGACACUCAGAGGCCUGUGUUCUGCUCCCUGUAAACGGAAACGUGCUCUGAGCCUGUCUGCCUCCCUCGGCUGCUCCUGGCCCUCGGCGUCAGCCCCCGGGGGUGUCCACAGCCGCUCGGACAGAAGGCCAGGGUGGAACCUCAGACAGAAGCUGGACUGGAUCUUCAGUGUCAAGCUCGGACUGGCUGUGGCCCAGACGUCAACCCUGCCCGGAAUUGCCAGGAGGGUUUGGCGGCCACCACAGUGCCAUAGGGCUUACCUCCCUCUGCUGAGGUCCAGCGCGUGGCCGGUGUGUGGCGAGAGUGGGCAGAAGUGUGCCACAGCCCUCAGAUGCCUUUCCUGCCACCUUUUGGUUUUUGUUUUUUGUUUUUGUCUCAAACAACUCACUGAAGUGUCUCAAAGGAGAUCAAGUUUUACCAAAAUGAACCCUGCUUGAGUUAACUGGUCGAAGGGAUGGAUUCUGGCCCUCUCAGGAUUCCUUCUCCAGUCAGAGUAGGGAACUGGUCCACGUGUUUACUGCUGGGUUCACUGCAGCAUCCAACCCAGAAGGCACGAGAAGAAGAAAACGCAACGGGUGGAGCUGGGCUUGAGUCCAGCGUCACAGUCUGGCCCCUGCUACAUGAGGCUGCCCCGCGUGACGCAAGACGCAAGUAGGGAGCUGAAGGACUCGUGAGGGGGCCGGGGAGACUUGAGGGAGUCUGGUGUUCCAGGUGAACGAGAAGAAAGUGGUUGGUCGAGGGUUUGGUGCUACAGUCGGAAGAUUUGCAAAUGCUAACACAUUCCCGUGUGAGGCACAUCACCUUUUGUCAGUUAUUGUGAAUAUGUGUAUUUUAAGCAAUAAGAUUCAGCUGGUCAGACUUUUCUGGGCAGUCUUGGUGACGCAUUUCCUGUGCUGUGAUUGUUCUGAAGACGGAGUGGCUCUAACCACUGUGAGAAGCCCAAAUAAAAUCGAUCCCCGAAACUCGA